AUGAUCAAUACUCAAGACAUUUUUGAAGUACAAGAAUUUGAUGAACAUUCAUUUACUUUAAUGUUUAAUAUAUCCAAUAGGGAUUUCAUUGAAACAUUAGAGUAUAUUUCAAAACAGUUCAAUCGUUAUUUUUCGAUAUUUAUAUUUCUUUUUGGUACAAUUGGUAAUAUACUUAAUUGUUUUGUUUUAUCUCAAUCAACACUUCGUUUAAAUCCAUGUGCUUAUCUUUUUUUAAUUUCAUCUAUUGCAAAUAUGAUUUCUAUUAUAUUUGGUUUAACAACAAGAAUUUUAGCUGGUUGGAAUAUGGAUUUAACAGAUACAUAUAGUCUUAGUUGUAAAAUUCGUGCUUUUACUGUUUUUGUUUCACGAACAAUUGCUUUUUGGCUUAUUGCAUAUGCUACAAUUGAUCGUUGGUUUUCAUCAUGUAGUCAAUAUCAACGAAGACAAAUGAGUUCAUUAAAAAA